AUGCCUCUAAUAAUACCAUUUUUUGUUUGUCUCAGAUGGAAAUUUUUAGAGCUAAGGGAGAGUUUUUCAAUGUUAAAUUCCCCUUAUUGGGAAGAGAUGGGGGAGGCGGUGAAUGAAGCAAGCGAAGUGAGGUACAAAAGACAUUAUUAUUUAUACAAGAAGCAGAGGUACAAAGGAGGUAGACAAACCGGCUAUGCCAUUGGAGGUAAUAAAGAAGAGCAGAAAGUAGUGGAAGAUGAAGGAGGAGAAAAUUGAUGAAAAAAAUGAAGGUCUGAAUUUUAAAUAUUAUAUUUUUUAACAUAUUUAAUAUUUAAAUUCAAAAAUUCUGCUGUGA